AUGGCAUACAUCCUAUUCAGUUUCAUUCUCCUCUCGCUCAUCCUCGGGACAGUACUCUACCUGACACGGGAACGCUGGACCGCCUACCUUCCUUCGCGGAUGCAAGAUGCCAUGUAUAGCCGCCUUCCGACAACAUUCAUGGGCGAUGUCGAGGGCGGCUUUACCUCAGCUGACUUCGAUCUCAGCUCAAAUAUUACCGAGGGCGAUAGCCGGCAAGGUUUGGAUCCCAAGAGCAAACGUGAAGUGCAGCGUCUUAUGAAGAUCCGCGGUAUUGGCUUUGAUGAAGCCCGCAGGGUUUACAUGGAGCAGUCGUUCAAGAAAGCGGGAAUUGGCAGUGAUGGAGUUCCAAGAGAUCCGAAGUUUGUUAGUUUUUCAUAG